CCCGGCCUUGCAGGGUCUGUUCGCGCAGCUGGUGGCCCAAAGCGUGUUGCUGACCAACGGGACGAUGCGCUGGCACAGCGAGCCGAGCCUGGCCGGCGUGGCCCUGUCCCGGGGCCUGAGCUACGAUGAGGACGCGCGGGAGGUGGUGGUGGCCGAGGCCGGUGUGUUCUAUGUGUUCCUGCACCUGGAGCUGCAGCGCGUGGUGGCUCGCCAAGGCUCGGGCGUCGUGGCGCUCUCGCUGCACCUGCAGCCGCCGCUCUUCAGCGAAGCCGCCACCUCCUCCUCCGCGCUGGCCACCGAGGUGCACCUGCCCCCGGCUGAGGCGGCUUGCGGGGAGAAAGGCCCCGAUUCAGCCGUGGGUUUCCAGGGCCGUUUGCUGCCUCUGGGCGCCGGCCAGCGCCUCAGCGUCCACCUGCGCGCCACGGCCGAGGCGCACCCCGCCUGGCAGCUGGCCCAGGGCGCCACACUCUUGGGUCUCUUCCGAGUGACCCCUGAGGUUUCAGGAGGACUAGCUUCGCUCUAGCCCACGGACGGACGACCUGGACUGGGCCACGGCCCCUCCCUUCCUGGGUCCUGGCCCUGGUGCUGGGCCCGGCUGCUCUACCUCAUGGGGCUGGGGACAGGGGUCUCCGCUGCUGGCUUCUCCUCAUCCUCCAAGAACCCCCAGCCACUCCUGUCCCCCAGUCGGACUAUUGGUUAUUUAUGCUGAGCCUGAAGCUCACACCGUCUACUUUAUAUAAUAUUCACUCAUCGUACUAUGUUUCUAUUUAUUGAGCGUGUGCUGUGUGUGCCAAGAGUC